ACUACCGGAAGAUGGCGUGUCGCAAGCAGAUGAAUCUUCUUCGCAAAGUAUUUAUUCUACUGUUCCUUGUGAACUAUGUCGUAUUGGCGAGUAACGAUAAAAAGGAAAAGAAAGAAGACAAUAUUGCAGGAGAAAAAUGGAAAAAGAAGAAGAUACAAGACUACUCAGAGGCAGAUAUGGAGCGUCUAUUUGACCAGUGGGAAGAUAACGAUGAAGAUGAGUUAGAGGAAGAUGAGCUACCAGAAUGGAAGAGGGAACCUCCCAAGGUAGAUUUAUCACAGAUGGACCCCACAAACCCCGAGGCCAUGCUCAAAAUGUCAAAAAAGGGCAAAACACUUAUGAUGUUUGCUACAAUCUCAGGAGGACCAACACAGAGGGAGACUGAGCAGAUCUCACAACUCUGGCACACAAGUUUAUUUAAUGCAAAUUAUGAUACACAAAGGUUUGUUGUGAGUGAGGAUCGUGUCAUCUUCAUGUUGAGUGACGGCUCCCAGGCAUGGGAGGUCAAGGACUUCCUCGUUAAACAGGAGCGAUGUAAAGAAGUGACCAUUGAGGGGAAAUCUUACGACGGAGCUGCUGUGCAGAAUGCAGAUGACAACAAAACAACCAAAAAAGCUGAACCUGUGAACAAAAAAGCAAAGUUAACGAAGGACAAUAAGAUCCAUAAAAAGGAUAAAACAGAGUUAUGAGAUUUAGAGAUGUGUGUAUGAGUUUGUGUAGUAAGUUUACUAUUAAGGAUAAAACAAAGUUAUGAGAUUUAGAGAUGUGUGUAUGAGUUUGUGUAGUAAGUUUACUAUUAAGGAUAAAACAGAGUUAUGAGAUUUAGAGAUGUGUGUUGUAAGUUAACUAUUAAGUACCAGGGUCAAUAUUCAUUAGAUCUUCCUCGUACAAGAAUUUUUAGCCCACCAUCACCAUCGUCAAAUGUCGAUCAUUCAUCUCCUUAUAAAGCUAAUUAUUGUUAUUGUCAUUUCUUUACUACAGGGUUCAUCUUCAGGCCCUGAUUCUAUCAAUGUUCCUAAACUUGAGAAAAUUCCUUAGCUUACAAUUUUCCAUAGGAAACAUUAUAGAUUAAGGGAUAAAUCUUCCUCAAGUUCUGUAAUGAUUUACUGUGGACAAAUUUAACUUAAGGGAUUUCCUUCCUUAAGUUACAGAAUAUUAAUGAAACUGGCCAAAGAUUUCAUAGUAUGUUUAGUUGUAUAUGUUACAUGUUGGGACAGAGUAACUAUAACACUACUUCUCUGAAAGCACUGUAUGGAUCUUCAUCAAUUUUAGUUGUAUAUGUUACAUGUUGGGACAGAGUAACUAUAACACUACUUCUCUUAAAGCACUGUAUGGAUCUUCAUCAAUUUUCAUAAGGAGUUUUCUUAAAACAUAUAGUGCAAGUUCAAUAGUAGUGUUUAAUAUAGACUGAUAUCCAUAAUCAAGGUGAGACUUACCCUAUAUCCAGUGGUGGGUACCAACCAUACUUGGGCUGUUUAUCAUAUGUGAAGAUUUUCGUACUGGACCCUAUAUAUUCUUCGAUAUUUCACUCAACAUGCCAUUUUUUGCAAGAUGCGUGUCUGCUUUAUCUAUAUCAUGCUUCCGAAAAUUAGAUAUUAGAAAUUUCAAUGUGACCUCAUUUGUGGUUGUAUGUCAUUUUAAUGACUCCCUUUAGGAGCUUCACAAUGGGAUCAUUCUCGGGAAUAUCAGUUCGUCCGAGGUGUAGAUGUAAGAUUUCGUUAUAUCUGUAAUUGAAGCAUCAUGUUGAAAUAAGAGUAAGAAUGUGUAUAAUAUUUUUAUUUGUUAGAGAUACUGGCAGGAUGUGUCAAAAAAUUGAGUGAAGGAUGAAAGAUUUUUUGUGAAGCACGGCAUUCGAAAGAUGGUGGAGAUUUUUUUACUCAGAAUGUAUAGAAAUACCUAGAAAAAUUUAGUCACUCUUAUUUCUGUUGACUGUGAUUGACAGGAAUACACAUGAAUAUACCCAUCAACUUUUCAAUUUUGGAAUAGAUGAGAAAAUGUGUUGUAGAAUUAGCAAUGUCUCUUGAUACCUAUACAGUGCUUUAUUUGACAAAAUAGUUAUGCAUAAUUACGGUGAAAAUGGGUGAGACUUUCCCCAAGUUAAAAAGGUUGACAGAUACCAGAGACGUAGUAGAUGAACCACAACACACACACACACACACACACACACAAACAUAUAGCAGGUAUUUCUGGCUAGGUGAUUGGGUGCGGUAGAUCGUGAGUUCGAGGCCCAUCAGGCACGAGUUAUAAAGUUAUCUGCCUUCGUCAAUUGUGUUGUUAUAUUAUAUGUGUGUGUGAACUUGGCAGGACGUUGGUUCUUGGAGAAUUUCUCCAACUUGAGAUU